CGAAAUUUACGGUUUGUGGCAGCACAAUCUGUGCGAUUAGCUCGAGAAAAAUUUGCUGUACAGCGGCAUUUGUUAAACUUUAUCAAAACGAAUUCAACGAAUUUCGAAAUCUGUCUCCUCUUGUUCUCGUACCUCGCGUUUAGUACCAUCAUAGUACCAUCUUAUCCGGAAAUUUAAAACAGUUGCAAAAUGUCUGGCCGAGAAGGAGGUAAGAAGAAGCCGUUGAAGGCUCCAAAGAAGGAAUCCAAGGUUUUGGAUGAUGAGGAUGUAGCCUUUAAACAAAAGCAGAAGGAAGCACAGAAAGCUCUAGCUGAAGCAGCAAAGAAAGCCAGUCAAAAAGGACCUCUUGUCACUGGCGGCAUAAAAAAGUCUGGGAAGAAAUGAUCAUAGUAAUAGACAAAAUAUGUGAUUUACUGUGCCCAUAAAUGUUUUCCAAUGGUUUUGAACUUGAUCUUACUGUUACAUCAGAUUGUAAUUUUUUUACGAUUCUUUAUUUCUGAGAGAACUUUUAAACUUGUACAUAUAACAUUAUAAACAUGUUCUCCACUAAAUUUAACAAAAUGAAUGAGUCUUGUAUAAUAGCAUUUAUCAAAUAUGACAGAUUUUCUAUGUUUUAUGUCAAAUACAUUAAUUCAAGAGGGAGCAAAAUAAAGAACACAAAGAUCUCUAAA